AAUACGCCCAAGGCUGUCCACAUUUGUUUAUUUUUUACCACUUUUUUUCGUUGAAGACACGGUUGAUGAGGCGAUCCUCCACGUGCAUCAUUAGUUAUCUACUUGCAGCAGAUUUUAAAGAUUUGACGGAAUUUGUAAUACAACAUGGGCGGCAAUAAAGUGUUUAGCCAAAAUGGCAAAGGCGUGAAAAGAAAACGUAAAUUUCAAGGUCCUGCUGGACAAGAUGAUCCCGAAUUUGAUUUGAAGAAAAAACACUUAGAGACUACACACAUUCGUGCAUUGGAGAAGCGCCUGAUAAUUGUGUUAGAGGGUGCACAGUUGGAGACCGUAAAGGUCGGUAAAGUUUUCGAGCUGCUUAACUGCGACGAUCAUCAAAAUAUUUUGCGCAAAAAUAAUCGUGAUCCUGGAAAAUGUCGUCCGGAUAUAACCCACCAAUGUUUGUUAAUGCUCUUCGAUUCACCGUUGAAUCGCGCCGGUUUGUUACAGGUAUAUGUACGUACAGAGAAGAAUGUGCUUAUCGAAAUCAAUCCACAAACUCGUAUACCGCGUACAUUCAAACGCUUUGCCGGCUUAAUGGUGCAAUUGCUGCACAAAUUCUCUGUACGAGCUAAUGACACCUCUGCCAUGUUGAUGAAGGUUAUAAAGAAUCCUAUUACGGAUCAUGUGCCAGUGGGCUGUAAAAAAUAUGCCAUGUCGUUUUCGGGCAAACUUGUUUCGAACUGUCGAGAAUUGGUACCAAGAGUGCAAAAGGAGGGCGAGAACACAGACGAACCAGCUGAGGAGCCUAUAGUGCUAGUCGUCGGUGCAUUCGCGCAUGGUAUUCUCAAUCCUGACUACACGGAAGGUUUAUUCUCGAUUAGCAACUAUCCGCUGUCAGCUGCAAUUGCAUGCAGUAAGCUAUGCAGCGCCUUCGAGGAAGUUUGGGGAGUUGUUUGAAACUGUAUUAUAAUAAAGAGUUUACUUAGCGAUUAGGUAAAAAAAUUA